AUGGGCUUCCGGCCGGACUACCUCGGGGAAGACUGGGAUCCAGUGCUCACGGACUGUGACCUGAACCUGUUGCCUGACCCUCUGUGCUGUAGUUCCUCCACCUGCCUCCAUGAAAUUCUUCACUCGGUGGCCGAUGCCAGGUAUGGGCUGCCACCUGCGGCCAAGCGUGAUGGAAGCCCAGCUGUAGUUACAUGGCGAGCUGUGGCUGCCCUGGACGGCGUUGAAGAGCUACGCCGGGCUGGAACUUCCACCCCUGUGCUGGCCUGGGGGGCCUCAGGGGACAGUACCCCACACCUGCCCAGUACCCCACACCUGCCCUGUACCCCACACCUGCCCUGUACCCCACGCCUGCCCUGUACCCCACGCCUGCCCUGUACCCCACACCUGCCCAGUACCCCACACCUGCCCUGUACCCCACGCCUGCCCUGUACCCCACACCUGCCCUGUACCCCACGCCUGCCCUGUACCCCACACCUGCCCUGUACCCCACGCCUGCCCUGUACCCCACACCUGCCCUGUACCCCACGCCUGCCCUGUACCCCACACCUGCCCUGUACCCCACACCUGCCCACGCCUGCCCUGUACCCCACACCUGCCCUGUACCCCACGCCUGCCCUGUACCCCACGCCUGCCCUGUACCCCACGCCUGCCCUGUACCCCACGCCUGCCCUGUACCCCACGCCUGCCCAGUACCCCACACCUGCCCUGUACCCCACACCUGCCCAGUACCCCACGCCUGCCCAGUACCCCACGCCUGCCCUGUACCCCACACCUGCCCUGUACCCCACACCUGCCCACACCUGCCCAGUACCCCACACCUGCCCUGUACCCCACACCUGCCCACACCUGCCCGGUACCCCACACCUGCCCACACCUGCCCAGUACCCCACACCUGCCCAGUACCCCACACCUGCCCGGUACCCCACACCUGCCCACACCUGCCUAGGGUGCCCAGGCUCAGGCACCUGCCUUGCGAAGCCCAUCGGGCUGGUGGAGGGCCCAGGCGGCCUGGGCCAGGGGGGUCUGGCGGCCACCCUGCGGGAUGACAGCCAGGAGACUGAAGGCAAGUUUGAGGAGUUCGGUUACAACGCGCAGCUCAGCGACCGCAUCUCCCUCGACAGGUCCAUCCCCGACUACAGGCCCAAGAGGUGCAGACAGAUGACCUACGCCAAAGACCUGCCCCAGGUGUCCGUGGUCUUCAUCUUUGUCAACGAGGCCCUCUCGGUCAUCCUGCGCUCCGUGCACAGCGUGGUCAACCACACGCCCUCCCAGCUCCUGAAGGAGGUCAUCCUAGUGGAUGACAACAGUGAUAACGCGGAGCUCAAGCUCAGCCUGGACCAGUACGUGCACAAGCGCUACCCGGGCCUGGUGAAGGUGGUGCGCAACAGCCGGCGCGAGGGGCUCAUCCGGGCGCGGCUGCAGGGCUGGAAGGCGGCCACCGCGCCCGUGGUGGGCUUCUUCGAUGCCCACGUGGAGUUCAACACAGGCUGGGCUGAGCCUGCCCUCACGCGGAUUCGAGAGGACCGGAGGCGCAUCAUCCUGCCUGCCAUCGACAACAUCAAGUACAACACGUUCGAGGUGCAGCAGUACGCCAACGCCGCCCACGGCUACAACUGGGGCCUGUGGUGCAUGUACAUCAUCCCACCGCAGGACUGGCUGGACCGAGGGGAUGAGUCCGCGCCCAUCAGGACACCCGCCAUGAUCGGCUGCUCAUUUGUGGUGGACCGCGAAUACUUUGGGGACAUCGGCCUGCUGGACCCAGGCAUGGAGGUGUACGGCGCGGAGAACAUCGAGCUGGGGAUGAGGGUGAGCAGGCCAGCGAGGGCCAGCGAGGGCCAGCGAGGCCCCGGCCCGUGGGGCAGCCGGGCACCCGACACCAGCAAGGUCAGCCCUGCCCAGCACAGCUCCCCGGGCCACCUGGCUGGCCCAGGACCUAGGUCACUGUCCCGGAGCUCGGCCUCUGUCCCCUCGCCUCAAACCCUCUGCCGUCCUGGUGUGCAGUCAGCGGUGGAGGCCAGUGACCUGAGAGACCGGAGUAGUGCAGCCCUGCCCUCCCAGGAGCGCGCGGAGCUUCCCGCCACUCCAGCCCCAAGCGGUCCCAUUGUGAGUCGUGACACUGGCCGGUGCCUGGAGGUGGAAAUGUCCAAGGAUGCCAACUUCGGGCUGCGGCUAGUGGUGCAGAGGUGCUCAGGGCAGAAGUGGAUGAUCAGAAACUGGAUCAAGCAUGGGCGGCACUGA